AUGACACCACCAAUAGUACCAACUGCCGCUUAUAUAAGAAGUCCGCCGGCGAAUGGUUCUAUGAAUAAUAAUUCUAGUGGGUCUAUGGAACAUGUGAUUACAUUACUACAGGAGGUAGUAUCAGCCGUCAAGAACAAUAGUGAUAAUAAUAAUCGUUUACGGCCCGUGGAUAAUGGAAACCAAAGAGAUAGGAAUAGUC